AUGGCCCAAUCCGAGGACAAGACGGCUAAGCAGGACGACGGCAAGCAGGAGGCCAAGGAGAAGGAGGGGAAAUGGGACAAGGUUGGCUCGUUCCUCCAGGAAAACCUCAACAAGGGUGAGCUGGCCCUUAAGCAUGCGGUCGGCCUCGGCCAGACCCCCAAUGUCGUCCCGUUGGCACCCCCCAGAUUCGACUGUGAGCCCCGCCCCGUUGAGGUUGGUUGGCAUCCCGUCGGCGGCGUUGCUGGUAAGUGGUUCGCCGAGGACACGGGGCUCGGUAAGAUGAUCACCGAAAGGAUCAAUGAGUAUCCGGAUCCAACCCAGCAUUGGGCUGUACUCGUGGGUGAGUAUGCCCACCAGCUUUGGAUGGAUGAAAACUUUCACGUCAUCUACACCAACGCCAAGAUUAUUCGCGAGGAGUGGAAGACAUUCAGUGUCGGCCAGACCGGCUUCAACGACGAUGCCAUUCGCCGUACAGGCGAGACUGUGAUCCAGACCAUUAGAGACGAACGCCCAGCCUACAAUCUCAUCACCAAUAACUGCCAGACCUUUGCCCUCCGGCUGCUCGACGCAAUCAAGGUUGAAGGCCAGAAGGAAUUCGGUACCACCCUUGCUGUCUACGAGCGACUCCUCGGACCUGGCAAGAUCAAGGAUCUCUUCGACCCGGAGGCCGAGGCUCAGCUCCAGAGCCAAGUCCAGGAUGCUACCGUCGUGUCUGGACAAGAUGCACUGGCGAUUCCCGGAGCAAACAGUGUCCAGGGACUGCCAACUCCCUCGUCGUCUCCCAAGCCUCCACCUGGUCCCCCGCCUGGGUUCCAGCCACCACCGUUUGAGAGACAGUCUUCGGCGCCUGUUCAGGGCGACAGCCAUGCGUUACUGGCGCGAGGGCAGCCGCCGUAUCCACCCCCGCGAGAGCACUCAGCACCACCACCAGGACAAUAUGGCAACGGCCAAACAUACUGGCAACCUCCGCCAGCACAAUAUGGUGGCCCGCCUGUUGGACAGGAUGGUUUCCCUCCGAUGCCACCACCUGGACCACUUUCAGCUCCCCCUGGGCAGUACUCUACACCGUACUCGAUACCAGGCCCGCCUCAAUAUCCACCACCACCAGGUCUGCCACAUUAUGCGCCGCCACCACCUCAUGCAUACACAUUCCAAGCCCAUCCAACAACCGAAUACCAACCACCACCACCGCCAGGCGCUUACCAACCACCACCUGGUGCAUACCAGCCGGCGCCGACCAGCGAAUAUCACCCACCUGCCAACUCAUUCCAGGCGCCAUAUACUGCACCACCUCCCGUGCAAGCGCAACCCUCGCAAGCGGCCAACCUCGAGCCCCCGGGCCCCGGACUCGUCCGUCGAAGCACCGUCAGCUUUGCGCAGCAGGUCAUGCAACAAAACACGACCCAGCUCGACACAAAGAAGGAGCUCAGCAAGCGCGAGAAGAAGAAGAAGCACAACAAGAUAGACGAGGAGGAUGAGGGGGAGUCUGGUGGCGAGUCAAAGAAGAAGGGAGGAUUCUUCUCUCAGCUCUUCAAGUGA